AUGAGCGACAUUGAUCGAGAGGUGUAUAUUGGGAAGCUCCAGCAGCGUUUGUCGAAUCUGCAAGAAUCAACGUCUUUUCUGGAAAACUUUCUUAAAAAAUAUAAGCCGGAAGAGAAUUUAGGUCAGGUUCAGGUUCGGCUAGAGAAGCUGGAGGAAUUCUUUGUUAAAUUUUCGGAUGUUGCAGCAGAAUUAGAAUCGUAUUCGACGGACAAGUAUCCGAUCAAUCUAAAAAAGGAUCGUUUUGCGUUUGAGUCAUUAUACUAUUCAAUAAAAAGUGGUCUUUUGUCGAAACUACCAAAAUCAGAACCCCCGUCCCUUCCUCCCAGUUCAGCUGCUUCUGGAUCGGCUAUUGUUCACUCACAUAUUCGUUAUUCCGAGCUGCCGUUGGUCAAAUUUAGCGGUCGGCCAGAGGAUUGGGUAUCUUUUCGCGACAGUUUUGUUACUGGAGUGGUCAACCGGGCGGAAAUUCAUGAAAUCGACAAGGUACAGUACUUGAAGGGACUGGUUCAGGGCGAUGCAGCCAGAUUGAUCGGUCAUAUAGAGCUUAGCGAGGAGGGAUAUGAGUCGGCAUGGCAGCUACUGAAACGGAGAUAUGAGAGCAAACGUCGACUGGUUUUCUGUCAUUUACAAGCUUUGUACGAAACCCCACCGAUGCAAAAGGAGUCCAACGACGAGUUGCUGCGUCUGAUUGAUAGUUUUGAGGAGCAUUUGUCCAAGCUGAAGCGUCUAGGUGAGCCUGUUAACAGAUGGAGUUCUAGUCUCGUCUAUCAUGUGUAUGUGCGCUUAGACUCGAACACAAAGCGGGAAUGGGAUCGACAUUGCAACGCUGUCGAUUCGUUGGAGCAUGAUCACGAUUCUCUAAAUGCAUCACAGGACAUAGUGGACGAGAUGCCCGCAUACACCGACAUGAUCCGGUUUCUACAAGGCUAUGCUAAGGUUCUGCCAUCAUCCAAACAAGUUUCUUCCAGCAAGGGUGAACGUCCUUUCAAAGGAAACAGCAGCGUGCGUUAUGCCUCUCAUUUCACAGCAAAUUCAAACCAGACUUCUUCGUCAAUUCCCGGCUGUUAUCAAUGCGGGCAGAAGCAUUACAUAUAUCAGUGCCCAGAUUUUCGAAAACUUUCAAUCGGUCAACGUUAUGAAUUGGUGGACUGCAACGGAUUGUGCAACAACUGUCUUCGCACAACCAAGCAUACGGCGAGAUCCUGUCCAUCUAGAAAUUGCAACCGGUGCAGCAAAAAACACAACACGUUACUGCAUGAUUCUAGAGCCGAUCAGCAGCGUGGUCAGCAGAAUCAGCAACCGGCAUCGGGAUCUCAGAAUCAACUUGGCGCGCACCAGCAAGCAUCUACUUCAGCAGGUCCAUCAAAUCAGAAUCAACAAUCGGGAAGUCGACAGCAAGGUUCACAAUCAGCUGGGUCACAGGUGGUGAGACAAGCGCAGUCAACCUAUUCAGCUACGCCAGCCAUACAGUGUUCAUAUGCGACACAAACAAAACAUCAAGAUCGUAUUGUUCUGCUUCCAACAGCCUUCAUCAACGUGGAAGAUAAAAUGGGAAAGCUGACUCGUUCCAGAUGUGUUCUCGAUUCCGCGUCACAAUGCCAUUUUAUUUCGAAUGAUCUUUGUAACAAAUUGAAGCUUCCACGCAAACGAGUUCCAUUACCGAUUAUCGUUUCCGGAAUCGGUUGCUCGUCGGCUAGUGUCACCCAUUACGUAGUUGCCGAGAUUUCGUCUUUUCAUUCAAACUUUAGAGCAAAUUUGCGAAUGCUAGUUCUUCCCAAUGUGACAAUAAAGAUACCAAUCCAAGAUGUCGAUUCUUCCGACCGUGUGGAUGUUAUUAUUGGGGCAGAGCACUUUUUCAGCGUGUUGCAGUACGGUCGAAUCGAGUUGGGAAAAAAUUUACCACUUUUACAGAACACACAUUUCGGCUGGGUUGUGUCAGGUGGAUGUGGAAAUGAGGAUCCACAAGUGUCACUUCACAGCACUGUAUAUUUGGGAAUUCUGGAAGAUUUAGUCAAACGAUUUUGGCAGUUGGAAACAUUUCAUGACCUGAGGGAAUGGUCGAUAGAAGAACGAGCCUGCGAGAAACAUUUCGUCAUCAACACCGUGCGUAACGAAGUAGGACGAUAUGUGGUGAAGCUCCCGCGCAGGGAGGAUAUCUUUGGACAGCUGAGGGAUAACCGUUACAACGCGGAACGACGACGAGUAGAACCUCUCGAACGUAGAUUGGAAGCAAAUGCAGAGCUCAAGGCACAGUACCACCAAUUCAUAACGGAAUACGAAGAACUCGGCCACAUGAGAGAAGUCGACUCUGGUGAAUUGGAUACAAAUCCGCAAUAUUUUCUACCUCAUCAUGCGGUUCUGAGACCGGAAAGUUCGACAACAAAGCUGAGAACGGUUUUUGAUGCAUCCUGUAAAUCCAAAUCUGGACUGUCUCUCAACGAUGUCCUAAUGCCGGGACCGACCGUGCAGGACUCACUAGUCGCAAUAGUUCUACGCUUCAGAAUGCAUCCGUUUGUUGUGGCAGCGGACGUGACCAAAAUGUAUCGGCAGAUAUUGGUUGAUCCAUCCGACCAGCCGUUGCAGAGAAUCUUCUGGCGGUUUUCAGCCGAUGAGCCACUAAAAAUCUAUCAACUGUUAACCGUAACUUAUGGAACUAACUGCGCCCCAUUUUUAGCCACAAGAGUUCUCCAGAAGUUAGCAGAGGAUGAAGCACCGAAUUAUCCAUUGGCGGCGUCAGUAGUACGGAAAGAUUUUUAUAUUGACGACAUGUUAACUGGGAGUGACAGCGUACGCGGGUUGCGCGAAACGAUCAAACAAGUGAUUGAUAUGAUAUCAUCGGCAGGAUUUUCUCUACGCAACUGGUCGUCAAACAGCCCGGAGGUUUUAGUUAACAUUCCAGUCGAGUUUCAGGAGAGCAAAACUGAACUUGAACUGGAUCACGAGAGCUCAACCACCACACUUGGCCUUCGUUGGGUGACAACGUCAGAUGAGUUACGAUUCAAGCAGCCAAAGUGGAGUGAAUCGGAAACCCUGACAAAACGUGUUGUACUCUCUCAAUUAGCAAGUUUAUUCGACCCAUUAGGACUCAUCGGCCCAGCUCUAUCGAAGGCCAAAAUCUUCAUACAAACACUGUGGAAGCUGCAGAUUGACUGGGACACACCCCUUCCUACGAGUUUUCAAGAAGAAUGGCGAGAAUUUCAGUGCCAGAUUUACAACAUAGAGCAACUAAGUGUUCCACGCGAAGAUAAUCCAGCAGAUUUGAUUUCUCGCGGGCUGGACGUGACUGCGCUAUUGAAGUCCUCGUUGUGGUGGAAUGGUCCAAUGUGGCUAAUCACAACUCAUGUGCCAUGGCCAGCGAAGUUUAAUGUGACCGAUAAAGCCAGCCGAGACUCGCCGGAAUUCGAAUCGCGCAAAGCAGUGGCAUUACCAACAAUCGCAGUUCAGGAAGAUGUGGAUCUGAUCUCCAGGUUUUCAACACUUCAUCGUCUACUAUCUGUUUUCGCAUGGGGAUUAAGGUUUGCAUACAACUGUCGUGCUACUUUAAGUAAACGUCGAUCAGGGCCCUUAACAAUCGAAGAGAAACAAGAGGCACUCAUCAAACUAGUGCGUCGUGUACAGGAGGAACACUUUCCUGCGGAAUUUGCCGCUCUGCAGAAACAGAAACCUGUUUCUAGAUCAUCGAGACUCCGAUUUCUAAAACCAAGACUUGUAGACGGGCUCAUUCGCGUCGGGGGUCGUUUGCAACAUUCCAAAAUCGCAAUCGAUGCAAAGCAUCCCCUGGUAUUGCCUGGAAAGGACCAUCUAACGAAACUAAUCGCCAGGGCAAAACACUUCAAGACUCUUCACGGAGGUCCUCAACUUCUGCUGUCUACAAUUCAUCAGCGAUUCUGGCCACUAGGCGGUCGAGAUAUGGUCCGACGCUUGGUUCAUUCAUGUGUCACCUGCACAAGAGUCAAGCCGCAAACCUUGGAGCAGUUGAUGGGAAACCUUCCUCGUGAUCGCAUCACUAGCAGCCACGUUUUUGAAAACGUGGGAGUAGAUUUUGCUGGACCAAUGUACAUCCGUUCCGGCAUUCGCAGAGUUCAAACGAUCAAGGCUUACGUCGCAGUGUUCGUCUGCCUUGCCACAAAGGCACUGCACUUGGAGAGUCACAAGAAUGCUGUUAUCAACUUUUGUGAGCCCGACAACAUCAGAUUUCACUUCAUUCCGCCACGAUCUCCAUCGUUUGGCGAACUAUGGGAAGCAUGUGUAAAAUCAAUGAAGUUUCAUCUACGUCGGAUCGUCGGAAACGCCACGCUGAACAAGGAAGAUUGUGAGACAGUAUUAGCUGAAGUCGAGGCGUGCCUGAACUCGCGACCGAUCACACCGUUAUCCACCGACCCAUCUGAUUUGCAAGCUCUAACGCCCGGCCACUUCAUCAUUGGAAGGCCCUUGAAUGCCCUGCCCGAACCUGACCUGACCGCAACUCCGCCUAAUCGAUUAGCUGCAUGGGAACGAUGUCAGCAGAUUGCACACCUUGUGAUAUUUCAUGUACGGUACCGACGACCGCCUCGGUACGAUCUGGAGCUACUGAAGCAACCAAAUGUCGCCACUGCAUACGCGCAGCACCUCGAGGCAGCGUUGCCGGGCGAGGGAGAUCUCGACGUGGCUCCGCUAGAGGAUUGCUGGAGAACAGUAAAAGCAGCCAUCAACAACGUAGCUGAGAACAUUGUCGGGUACGAGGAACGGAGACGACGGAGCGAUUGGUUCGACGAGGAGUGCAGAGCGGUUUUGGAGGAGAAGAAUGCAGCGCGAGCGGUCAUACUGCAGCAUGGAACCCGACAGAAUGUGGAACGAUAUAAACAGAAGCGGAGGCAGCAGACACGCCUCUUCCGGGAGAAAAAACGCCGCCUAAAAGAAGCGGAGUGCGAGGAAAUGGAACUGCUGUUCCGUUCUCAAAAUACACGGAAGUUCUACCAGAAGCUCAACGCAUCUCGCAAAGGCUUCGUGCCGCAAGCCGAAAUAUGUAGGGAUAAGAACAAGAGCCUGCUGACGGACAAUCGUGAGUUGGCCCAACUCGACCAAUCCACCAAUACACCCGCCAUCUCUCCGAGGUUCGUCGUCGUCAAGAUAUUUGAACGAACCGACUCUGCGCUACCCUGCGUCGGAACCGAACGCGCGCUGCUGUUGUUGUUGGACUGGUUGCUGCUGCCACCAAGCGUCGAAGCGGCCGGCCUAGAAAUCUUCAAGAUUGCUACCAACGCCGCCGCCAUGGAAGAACGAACGCAUGGAUUACCGUAA